AUGCUGAGAAGAAAACUCCGCCAUUGUAAAGUGAAUUGCGUAAGCCUUUUCCUCUUUAUAGCUCUUACAGUUGUGACUCUUACACUUUUUAAGAACCACAACAAAGCUCUGUCUUUUAGUAAAAGGAACUUGGAGUUGGUAGAGGAAAACCAAGACCAUGUCAACUGUACCAAAAUCAUUAAGGGGGACAUUGAGGAAAUUCAGACUUCCAAACUGGACCUGCUAAGAGUGGAUUACAAAAAAAGGCACAACCGGCUGACUGAAAAAGACUUCAUCAAUCUGACAAAAGACUGCAACUCAUUUACUAAAAAUCGUAAAUAUAUCCUCUAUCCCCUUAGUCGGGAGGAGAGUGAAUUUCCUAUAGCCUAUUCGAUAGUGGUGCACCAUAAAAUUGACAUGCUGGAAAGACUUUUACGCAGCAUUUAUACGCCUCAGAACUACUACUGCAUCCAUGUUGAUAAAAAGUCUUCAGAAUCCUUUUUGUCUGCAGUGAAGGCAAUUGCAUCUUGCUUUGAAAAUGUCUUUAUUGCAUCUGAGCUAGAGAAUGUGGUGUACGCAUCCUGGACACGGGUUCAGGCUGACCUCAACUGCAUGAAAGAUUUAUACAAAGCCAAUGCACAAUGGAAGUACCUAAUAAAUCUUUGUGGCAUGGACUUCCCUAUAAAGACCAACAGGGAAAUAGUACAAAUGUUAAAAGCGUUAAAAGGAGAGAACAGUCUAGAAAGUGAAAAGAUGCCAGUACACAAAGAAAGCAGGUGGCGAAAACACUAUGACAUCGCAAACGGCGGUAUUCAUAAAACAGACAUUGACAAAGAACCUCCACCUUCUCAGAUUCCAGUAUUUUCUGGCAGUGCCUACUUCAUUGUCAGUAGGGCAUUUGUUGGGAAUGUUUUGGAAAAUAAUAAAGCUAGAACGUUUUUAGAAUGGUCCAAGGAUACCUAUAGCCCGGAUGAAUUUUUGUGGGCUACCCUACAAAGAAUUCCAGAUGUGCCUGGAUCCGUCCCUGCAAAUAGUAAAUAUGAUGUAUCUGACAUGAAUUCCAUAGCCAGGUUUGUGAAAUGGGAAUACUGGGAAGGAGAUGUCGCCAAGGGUGCCCCGUAUCCUCCAUGCAGUGGGACCCAUGUCCGCUCAGUUUGUGUCUUCGGUGCAGGAGAUUUACAGUUCAUGUUGAAGCAGCACCACUUGUUUGCUAACAAAUUUGAUAUUGAAGUUGACCCCGUUGCCAUUCAGUGCCUGGAAGAACACUUAAGACACAAAGCUUUGUAUUCUAAUAGACACACUUGA